AGCGGGCGGCCGAGCCCGCGCCCCACCCAGUGCAGAGCGCGUCGCGGGCCGGGCGGGUGGCUGAGCGCCUGGCCGGGCCAUGUACGCGGGGAACCGCAGCGGCGGCCAGGGCUCCUGGGAGGGCGGCGCGGCGGCGGGCGCUGAGGGCCCGGGGCCGGCGGGGCCGCUGAGCCCCGCGCCGCUCUUCAGCCCGGGCACCUACGAGCGCCUGGCGCUGCUGCUCGGCUGCCUCGGGCUGCUGGGCGUGGGCAACAACCUGCUGGUGCUCGUCCUCUACUCCAAGUUCCCGCGGCUCCGCACGCCCACCCACCUCCUGCUGGUCAACAUCAGCCUCAGCGACCUGCUGGUGGCCCUCUUCGGGGUCACCUUUACCUUCGUGUCCUGCCUGCGGAACGGCUGGGUGUGGGACGCCGUGGGCUGCGCGUGGGACGGCUUUAGCAGCAGCCUCUGCGGCAUUGUUUCCAUAACCACCCUGACUGUGCUGGCCUACGAGCGUUAUAUCCGCGUGGUCCACGCCAGAGUGAUCAAUUUCUCCUGGGCCUGGAGGGCUCUUACCUACAUCUGGCUGUACUCCCUGGCGUGGUCAGGAGCACCUCUCCUGGGCUGGAACAGGUACAUCCUGGACAUACAUGGACUGGGCUGCGCCGUGGACUGGAAAUCCAAGGAUGCCAACGAUUCCACCUUUGUGCUCUUCUUAUUUCUUGGCUGCCUGGUGGUGCCCAUGGGCGUCAUAGCCCAUUGCUAUGGCCAUAUCCUGUAUUCCAUUCGAAUGCUUCGUUGUGUUGAAGAUCUUCAGACAAUUCAAGUGAUGAAGAUUUUAAGAUAUGAAAAGAAACUGGCCAAAAUGUGCUUUUUUAUGAUAUUCACCUUCCUGAUCUUUUGGAUGCCUUACAUUGUGAUCUGUUUCUUGGUGGCUAAUGGUUAUGGACACCUGGUCACUCCAACAGUAUCUAUUGUUUCAUAUCUCUUUGCUAAAUCAAGCACUAUAUAUAAUCCGAUUAUUUAUAUCUUCACGAUCAGAAAGUUUCGAAGAUCCCUUUCGCAGCUCCUCUGUUUCCGACUGCUGAGAUGCCAGCGGCCUGCUAAAGACCAACCACCAGUUGGCAGUGAAAUGCAGAUCAGACCCAUUGUGAUGUCACAGAAAGACGGGGACAGGCCAAAGAAAAAAGUGACUUUCAACUCUUCUUCCAUCAUUUUUAUCAUCACCAGUGAUGAAUCACUAUCAGUCCACGACAGUGACAAAAUCAAUGGGUCAAAGGUUGAAGUAAUACAAGUUCGUCCUUUAUAGGAAUGGCUAAUAAUAAUGAAAGACGGGGCCUUAUGUCGGACACCGCUUUUAGAUUUCCAUUACAAGGACUAUUUGGGAGUCACUCCCCAUCUAUGUAAUAUCAACAGAACUUUGGUGGCCCAGCAGGAAAUCCGAACUGCCCAUGUGCUCUCUGGCUUCCAGUAGCAAUCGAGCAAGACAAAUUCUUUUAAUUCAAUGGGUGCUUUACAUAAUGACAAACCAGUUGUGGCACAAGAUGGAUGUCUGGCACCAUCAAUUUCUAACAUGUUGGAAAUUUUCAUUUCAAAUAUAGUUUUUAAAUGACCAUAUUUCCCAAGGCACAUAAUACAUUUGUCUCAGAUAUUUAGGUGUAAAAAUAACUUUGUCUCGCACACAGGUGUGAAAUAGCUAGAAAAUCUUGAAUUUCCCGUAGUGUUGGGUCCUAUUUAGUGUCACGUCAAAUGUUUGGCCAAUCACAUUUAUGAAAGAGACAAUUCUAGGAUGAAAAAGAAAAUCUCCUAACUUUACCUGGAACAAAAGACUGUUGCUGUAUGUGUAGUAUGAUAAAGAGGAAUUUCGGAUGAAUGUGCUGCUGAGCAAGCUCUAGAAGACACUACUGAAAGUAUCACAGCAAAGAAAAUAGGAUGGUGAAUUUCAAGGUAAAAUCGUGGUGUAUAGGUAAUCAUACAUUAGUAGAGGAUGUACACGGAGAAGAUGGUGUUGGUGACAGAUAGGCAUAUAUUUCAUUUUAAACAGGACCAUGGCAGGGUUACCCUCUCCUUUGAAUAAUUUCCCACAAUUUAGCCAAGCGUUCUGCAUUUAGAAAAGGAGUUCCAAGCAAAAAACCAAACAAACCUACAUUUGAAGGGAGAUGAAAGUAAGUGUAGAACUGUAGUCAUAAAAUGUGAUAUUUAAUCUUCUUUGCUCUUCAGUCAGUUCAUUGGGUGAUUAAUGGUCAGUGUUAGUGAAGAGGCCAUUUUUCCAUGAGUCGUUGUUUAGACUAAACAUGGAUUAUCAGAGCUCAAGGAUUUCUUUGACAAUAUGGAAAAGAAACACUGAAUCAUUUCAUUUUAUUGCCUAAUUUUUAUUUCUUAGGUGACUGUCCUACUGGUCUUCAUAAUUAAUCAUGUUUGAAAGACUUCUACAUGAUUUAGUCGGCCCAUUGAAGAAGGAAGAGUGAAAGAAAACAUUUUCACUACAUGAACUUUUAAAACUCAAGUUUAUUGCUGGCUCUGCCACAGCCUGUAGCUCAAGCAUAAGUCGGUAAAUUGCUUCUGAGAGUCUGAAAUGGAAUGAAAUAUGACUUCAUAGUUCUGCAAAGACUGUCUCCCCUUGUUUCCUCUCCACUCUCUUGUUUAAGUAGAUAUUUAAUUUAUCACUAAAACCCUCCCUAUCCUUCACUUAGUAUGGCAUUAAUAGCCUGUUUUCAAUCUUCAGAAGGUAAUACUGGCAUUUGAAGACUGGGAAAUAAAAUCCAUUCAUUUUGUACUCUCUAGAGCACCCGAAUUCCUCAUUUACAUUUCUAGUUUUAUCAGGUGAAUCUGAGCCCUGUGCUUAGGUCAGUUCCAUCCAGGUGAUGAAAGUGUGGUUUACAUAUUAGGCAAAUUGUAAUUUUUAGUCCAGGGUGUUGAGUCAAUCCUUUCGUGACCUCUAUUGUUUCCUUUAAAGAAAAAUUGUGAUCAGUGUCUUCUUUGAGGCUUCUGGGGCCUUACUUUUUGAGAAGUGAAAGACAUCUUGGUCAUUACACUGUUACUAUAUUUAGAAUGACCGGGCUUCAGCAUAGUGAUGUGGGGAAGUUGCGUGUUGCAACUUAAAGUGGUGGGUGGGUUUUUUCCCCAAUAAUUGCAAUGAACACACAGAGAAAUUCUACAUUGAAUUUAAUUAUAAGCUGACAAAUAUCUUCCAUUAGUGAAUUAAAUAUGGUGAUGGAAA